AUGAAUCCAUCAUCUUCAUCACAUGGCAAAUCUAAGCCAUCAUUGAUCGUCACCCUACCUUCAAGAAUCUGCAGUACAUGUGCAGACAUCUCCUCAAGAUGGUGUGAGCCAACGAAAAAGCCUUCAAGUUGUGGAGCAGAGGGCGACUUCGAAGGGCUAUGGCCUACCGAUGAGCAAUGCUGGACACCCCGUGAGCUUCGUACAAGCGCUCGACGUUGUGCGUGCUGCCAAUUCCUCCUUCGCUCCAUAGAAUCGAGCCCUUGGAUGUCCCCUCAAGACGAUGACUAUAUCGGACUUGGCUCGCAUAUCGUGGGGUCAACGCACGGCAGCCCGGCCCAGCGGGAGCAGGAGGCAAUGCAAAGACACUACUUGGGCAGUGGAGGCGCUACUCAGUACAUAAGAUACUACAGGCCACGACUUCGAAUCUACCGGAAAAGUGGCGAUAACAAGGAUUACCCAUAUGUUCCCAGUGAUUUUGUUGCUCUUCUACCACUCGCUGAAAAGCCGGAUGGCGCCAACGCAGAGGGUUCUCUACCAUUUCAUGGGCGUGUUGUUGGAGAGAGAACUGACUUCGACAUGGCUCGAGAAUGGCUCAAAUCUUGCACUGACAGCCACCACCCAAUCGGCGAUAACGUCAGAAAAGGUGGGAGAGGUUUCGGCGGAGGUCUUUUCAGCGGAUAUUCAAACCAGAGACAAGACGGUUGUCAGCCUGUACCGUGUCUAGCAAUCCCGCAUUUUCGCCUGGUCGAUGUCGAGAAACGAUGCAUCGUUCUUGCGCAGCCUGAAGAUACAUAUGCGGCAUUAAGCUAUGUAUGGGGCAAUUCAAAACGGCUGCUGCUUCUCACAGACAACCUCGAGGAACUGUCAACACCCGGGGCUCUUUCUCCUGACCGGGAUACAGUUCCCAAGACCUUUCUUGAUGCUAUCAUUGUAGCACAGCAACUCAGUAUUCGUUUUGUUUGGAUUGAUGCCAUCUGCAUCCUACAAGAUAAUCAAGAGCAAUUGGUAGAACAUAUGGAUCUCAUGGAUAAGAUAUACAGUUCUGCAAGCCUGACUAUUGUAAGCGACACGGCGAGCGCAGAUUCGGGUAUACCAGGUGUUGGCAUGCUUCGUGGACCUGAGCAAGCGACUUUCACCAGAGGCCGACGGACAUACAUAAGUUCCAGGCAAACGUUCGGCGCGGCGCUUCAAAGUUCAUGCUGGGAGAGCAGGGCUUGGUGCCUCCAAGAGAAGGUGUUCUCCAAGCGUUUGCUUAUUUUCACCGAGUCACAAACGUUCUAUCAUUGCACGCGAUCUACCUGGUUUGAGGAUACCGUUCUAGAAUCACACGAAUAUACCGGCGGAAGUGUGUCCAUUGCUGAGAGAUCGGAUCCUUCCGUCAAAAAGAUGAGAGAUCCUCACUAUACCGCCUACGAAGCUCAUCGACCUUUGUUCGGGCGUAAUUUUUGGUCACUAAUAGAGCUCUACACCCGUCGACAGCUGUCUUUCGAAAGUGAUACGAUCCGUGCAUUUAGUGGGAUUUUGAACUCGGUCGAAGAUCAGCAUGGCCCGUCCCAUUGGGGGGUUCUACAGUCCGAGUUCAACAAAGGCCUCAGUUGGUCAAUAAGCGGGAGAACACCCAACUUACGCCGCAAUGAAUUCCCUUCAUGGUCUUGGGCUGGCUGGAGGGGCAACGUUGAGGGUGUUCGGCUUCGUUUUCUUAGUGCUCAUCGCAAUUGGCACGACCGAUGGGACGUUGUGUUUUUCUACUACCAUAAGACCGAGAGUAUGGAACAUGAGCUUCGGCCUAUUUAUGUUGAUCGUCCGAAAACACCCAAAGUCUCGUCUUCGAAUAAGGAGAUCGUUUCCACUACGGAGAAUACACCAGCUUCUACCGAAACCAAGCCUAAUACAUCUGCAGCUACUACAACCACUGAAACAGCUGCCCCUGGCAACAUUGCACCUACUUCAUUAUUUGGUCUUCCGCUAUCAAGCCCUCCGCAGCAAGAAGAACUUGAAAGAAGAGAUGGAACCUGGAUGAUUCCGGGCCAUCCAGGUGAAGAAGACUUCGUCGCCAAGGACCUACCACCCUUUACACACGUACCAGAGACCAUGCCGCCACUAUCACACAUCCUCCGAUUCUAUACAAGUGUAGCUACGCUUGAAAUUGAUGCAAAUCCCGAUCCCGCUCGCGAUCCUUGGACAGGGGGUCAAGGUACAAGGCACGCGGUACGACUACCUGGUUCCAAUGAGGUCGUUGGCCACAUAGAACCUGUGGCCGAAUGGGUUGGAAAGAUGACAGUCGCAGAUUUUGCCUUCAUAUCCAAUGGAUUCCAUCCUCCGUCUGAUAGUAUGGAGUAUUCAAGCCCAGCUUUAUUGCAUGUUCUGAUACUGGAGGGUGAGGGAGAAGUGAAGACGAGAGUGAGGUCCACAGAGUGCUGGGAUAUUUACAAAUGGAGAAAGGCCUGUCCAAAGUGGAAAGCAGUAACGUUGGCCUGA